AAGAUCAGAUGAACCCUAUGUGGCCUAGUGAUAUCUGGUGUGGGUGAUUCCAAGUAUGAUCAUUACCCAUUUUUCCAAUAGUCAAAUCCAGUUAUGUGGAUGACGGCUUGGAGAUACUUUGACAGCAAAAUGUCACAUGCGAACAUCGCUAUGAGUUCGUUUUCAUUGACUUUUUGUCGCAAAAUAUCCUGUCCAAGAGGAUGCCCAUAACCUGUUCAACAUAUUGCUUCAUGUUCAAGAAGAGUACUUGAAUUUGCAUAUUCUCUUGAUUCUUUGAUCUUCUUUUCAUUGUCAAGUGAUUUCUACUAAAUACAACAAGUAGGGACCUCUUAAUGGCGAUUGCACGAAUUCUUAUGAACGGUGUAACAGAAAUACUGAAGAAAUUGGUCCCUGUUGUUGCCCAAGAGAUUGGUUCUGCUUGGGGCGUCAAAGAUGAGUUGAAAAAGCUUCAAAGAACCUUAGAGAUGAUUCUUGCUGUGAUAGAUGAUGCUGAGAGGAAGCAGGUGGAAGAUGAAGCUGUGAGAGUCUGGCUGAGAUGGCUAAGAGACGUUGUGUACGAUGCUGAUGAUGUGAUGGACGAGUUCUCGUACGAAACCAUGCGCCUGCGAGAGAGAAACAGUUUGAAGCAUAAGGUUCGUGAUUUUGUUUCCUCUUCCAACCCACUGGUUUUUCGUUCCAAACUGGCUAGUCAAAUCAAAGGAAUUAACAGCAAAUUGGAUCAAAUUGCCAAAGAUAUGGAUAGGUUUCAUUUGCAAACUAUUGUUGCUAGCAGUGCUCACGGCCAGGAGAGUAGCGAGCGGCGAAGCCGGGAAACAACAUCAUUUGCUAGCCAGUCACAAAUUGUAGGAAGGGAGGGUGAUAAAGAUAAACUUAUAAAGAUAUUAAUAACAACGGUAACCGCAAUAUCAUCGACGUCAGUAAGCAAUAACUUCGAAAAUGAACUUCCUGUGGUAUCUAUAGUGGGGAUGGGAGGCCUGGGAAAGACUACACUUGCUCAGCUCGUUUACAAUGAUGAUUCGGAAAAAUUCAGUGAUUUAUCAAACUUCGAUGUACUGGUGCGCAAAGUUCGUGAACAGUUGGCCGGGAAAAGGUUUUUGCUAGUCCUGGAUGACCUUUGGAAUGAGGAUGCCGAGCAAUGGGAGAGAUUGCAGAGCUCAUUGACUGUUGGAGCCGAAGGGUGUAAAAUACUAGUAACUACGCGGAAAAGGCAGGUCGCGGAUGUCGUGAAGGGAAGCAUUUCUCCGUACUUUUUAGAAAAAUUACGAGCAGAUGAAUGUUGGUCUAUCAUGGAGAGAAAAGCCUUUUCUCCUGGUGGAGCACUGAAGACUCCAAAUAUGGAUAACAUUGGCAAAGAGAUAGCUAAUAAAUGUAGUGGUUUACCACUAGCAGCGAAGUUUCUCGGGAGCCUAAUGCACUCAAAAAAUAAAGAGAGCAAUUGGUUAUCUAUCAGAGACGACGAUAUGUGGAACGCACCUGCUGAAAGCAAAAUAAUACCAGUAUUAAAAUGUAGUUACGAUAACUUGUCACCUCAUUUGCAGCGGUGUUUCUCCUACUGCACGAUCUUUCCCAAAGAUCGGGAGUUAAGCAAGCAGACUCUUAUACAGCUAUGGAUGGCCGAAGGAUUCCUGCAGGCUUCUGACACGGCAGACGGUUGCUCGUUUGAGGACAUUGGAGACGAGUACUUUGAAAGCUUAAUGUGGAGUUCAUUUUUCGAUGGGGUGGAAAAGAAUGAGUUAGAUGAUGUUACGACGUUCAAGAUGCAUGAUCUUGUCCAUGAUCUUGCGCAGGCUGUUGUUGGGGAUCAUGAAUGCUUGACUGUCAAGGUAACUGAUCAGUUGGAAAAAAUUUCUGAAGUUCGCCGCUUAAAUUUAAUAAUGGAUAAAGAAUUCUCAGCAAGCUCCAAAUUCAUAAGCAAUACAAAGAAGCUGCGAACAUUUAUUGUUCUCGAACGGAAUUAUAAUUCGGACCUCUGUGGAAUUACAAGUAAUAAGCACUUGCGGGUUCUCCAUUUGGGUGACCAGGGUAAAGACCGUUCGAGGAUCAAAUAUACGACUUCAAAGUUGAGGCAGUUAAGGUACUUCUACAUUUCCUAUACAGUAUUACUUGGUUUUGGUUUGGGUGAUGACUUAAUCUGUAGGCUUUACAAUUUGCAGACGUUGGUAUUAAGUGGGUGCACCCUAGUUCCAAAUUUUGUUAAAAAGAUAGGUUUUUCAAAACACCUUAGACACCUCGAUAUCUCGUUUACAGAUAUUGAAGAAUUACCUGAUUCUGUUACCAGCCUCCACAAUUUGCAAAGAUUAAAUCUCAAUAAUUGCAAAAAGUUUACCCACAUUGCAGACUCUGUCACUGGGUUAAGCCAUCUAAAAUAUCUUGAUAUGUUCUUGUACACUUAUUGAAAAACUACCUGAU